AACCUCGUGACUAAAGUGUCAUUUAUCAAACUUGUUGCAUAAUUUACUAUUAGUAAAUUAUUAAUCUAAAUUAACAUGGUUUGUUGAACGCAAGUACGUUCUGCUACAUUUUAUUAUUGAUACGUUUCUCAUUUGUCGGUCUCAUGGAGAAAUAGCAAACUAUGAGCAUAGGCGUCCUCUCUCGGUCAGGACAAUGACUAACCAAAUGAAUUCCGUAAUACCCUGUAUAGGUGCGAUUAUAUAAUACGGUUUACUAGGAAAACGCUUGCGGAAAAUCAGAUCGCGCGAAACGUGACCACCUAAACAACCUUGAACGCCAAACGCUUAACAUACAGAACUAAUUAUUAUCUUUAAACCUGGAAGCGGUUAACAUUUGCCAAUAAUCAUUUUAACUUUUACGAUAAAUGUUUAAAACGCAGUCGAACUCGAAUUCCCGACAUCGAUAGCGUAUUUCAGCGAAAAUCUAUUUUUGAGGUCAUGACUGUGAGUUAUACGAGCAAGGUUACCACCAGUACCGCCAUAGGAUGUUUCCUCAAGCUACUAGCGAGGUGGAAAGGGGGCGUGUAUAAGAUAGUGUGGGCGGACCUGGUACUAUUUUUGACCCUUUAUUACAUUCUCAAUUUAUCGUACGUAUUCGCCAUGAGCACAUCGUCUAAAGAUCUUUUCGUCAAGAUAGUAAACUACUGUUCGAGCAAUGCCAACUUGAUUCCCGUCAGCUUCGUAUUGGGAUUUUACGUGAGCAUCGUUUACACGAGAUGGUGGAACCAAUUCCAAGCUAUACCGUCGCCUGACUCGCUGGCCUCGUUAAUAGCAGCUUGCGUUAAAGGACAAGACGAACGGGCCAGAAUAGUAAGAAGAACUAUAGUGAGGUACGCGUGCGUCGCGUUUACUCUCACGCUUGCGAUGACGUCAUCCAAAGUUAAAAAGAGAUUUCCAACCCUUAAGCAUCUAGUCGACGCUGGACUGUUGAGCAGAGACGAGAAAAAAGCAAUGGAAGAUUUGGACGGCGAGUACCCGAAUUAUUCAAAAAAUUGGUUGCCUCUAGCGUGGGCUGCCAACGUAACGACACGAGCUAAGCACGAAGGAAUCAUUCGGGACGACGCGUCUGUCAGGAAAGUCCUACGGCAAAUCGAAAUUUUCAAAGCACAAUGCGCGGAACUGCUUGCGUAUGACUGGAUAAGCAUCCCGUUGGUUUACACGCAGGUGGUAACCAUAGCGGUUUAUAGUUACUUUUUCAUAACCGUGCUAGGGGCGCAAUCUAUAGAUUCCGUCGACACCGUUCCGAAGAUCAGUUACUUGCGUAGAAUCGUGUUCAGUUUUCCGUUGUUCCCAGUGCUCGAAUUUUUCUUUUACGUGGGUUGGUUAAAAGUAGCCGAGACAUUAAUCAAUCCGUUCGGGGAGGACGAUGACGACUUCGAGGUGGUGUGGAUGAUAGACAGAAAUAUACAGGUGUGUUACCUGUUGGUGGAUAAAAUCCAUCAGCAACAUCCGAAGUUGAUGAAGGAUUAUUAUUGGCUACAGACCGCGCCGGAUGUAUUGCCGUUUACCGUCGCCUCCCAGCAGUACAUGGACGAAAUUCCGGUUCAGUCUGCUCAAAAUUUAAAAAUUGAAGCAAACGAACAGGACAUCGUCGUACCCGAGAGCAGAUGUCGCCCAGGAAUCCGGGAGAAAAGAUCCUUCUGGAACACUCUAUGGCGCCCUUUUGUAAAAAAGUCAAACGAUCGGGGUUACUAUUUAAGAAAAGUGACCUUGGAUGAUGAAGAAACAUUUGAGGAGAUCAACACUUACGAACAUGCGGAGGAUGAAAUUGGGUUUCGAAUAAACCAUAAAGCAGGAUGUGAACAAAAUAUUGAGGAAUUUGAGGAGUUGAGAAUGGAAAGGCUCGAGAAACAAAAGGAGAAAUUAAUGAAAUUCAUAGAACUCUUGAAAAUGGAAACUAACAGGGCUGAAGCAAGAAGAAUUCUUAAUGAAAUUAUUAAAUAA